AUGGAUUUGGACGAUCUUGAGGAUGUCCCACCGCCCCCUCAGGUGCCAGCAAACGCUUCUUCAAGAAGGCCGAAGGCUGCUGCUGGCAAGGAUCGCAAAGGCAAGUUCUAUGGCCCUUGUGUCGUUUGCGGUUUGGUCAAAGCCGACAUGCCGACCAACAGUCGUUUCUGUUGGGACCACAAGAAUGCCAAUGAUGGCUUUGUCAGCAAUUGCAAGGCUGAUGACAAGGCGGCCGGAAAUACAGAGCGCAUGGACAAGUACAACAAGAUGAAGGAUGAAGGCUUCAAGGAAGGCCCGCCGUCGGAGCUUGCCAGCACAUUGCUUGAGUAUGAAGAGAAGUUUCCGGCCAAGGGCAGAGGUGUCAAACGAGGGCACUGUGACACCAUGCAGCUCAUGGAGAAGCACGAAGUAAGGACCGCAGUGCGGUCCCAGGCCAAGCUUGUCAAGAUGCACAAAGAGCGGUGGUUGAAGGUCGCCACCAAAGACCUCCUCAUCCCUCAGCAUGAAGCUGAGGCUAAGUGGAACAUCGCCGAGGCCAACACUCCUGAUGAGUUGACAGACAAGCUAGGCCCAGGUGGUUCGUUGCGCUUGCCAAUGAACACUGAAGACUCCAUCACUCUGAGCAAUGAGGUGGCCUUUAUCAAAGAGGCCAACUUGGAGAGCAAGAAACGCAAAGUCACGAAGGCGGAGGACUUUGAGAAGGAUUCAAUGUUCGACUCGGUGGGUGGACAGCUUUCUUCCGUGAUGAGCAAGCUUGGGAGUAGCAUGGUCUCAACCUCUGGCCUUGGUGUCUUCAGUGGCACUUCGGCGACCGCCGGCUUUUCCAAGCCGACAUCGCAAGACGGCACGAAUUCCUCCCCAGAGAAGCCGAAGCCUGGUGCUGCAGGAAAGGCUUGGGAUUCUCACACCCAGUCCGUCAAGCUUCAGUCCGAGAUCGAGGAGAAGAUCGAGAGCUUUCAAUCCAAGGCGACCAAGACUCUGGAGGCUUCUGUGCAAGCCAUCGAGAGAACGCUUCAUCGCAGCUCGGGUAAUGAUGCGGUUCGAAACCAGCACAAGUACAUCGGCAUCCUGCAGAGCAAGAUGGACGUGCUCAACAUGGUGCAGUGGCACGGUGCUUCGGAUACCAUCAUGAUCUUCAAGCCGGACAACUUGAAGAAGCUGGCUGUAGAGGCUGCAGGAGUCUUCAGCCCUUGCCUGGAGCUAGUCAAGAACAUCAGCUACGCGACGGACGUCGUCCCCGAGGAGGCCUGGAUCGCGAAGUUUAUCAAGGCAACCAAGGCAGCCGUCAAGUUUGACGAGAAGUGCAAUAUGUUUGCAGAUCGCUUUGUGUUUCAAACCUUUGGCUGGCAAGCCGAAACCGGAACUUAUCUUGAAGGCAGCUUUGGUCGCGACAGGUGUAACGGCUUGGUUGAGGAGCUGCAGGGUGUUCUGCAAAGGUGGGAGUUUGCGGGCUCCUUGCACAAUGACCAGAAGUUUCUUUGCCUUUGCAGGUGUGAGGAAUGGGCCAGCUCGUGCAUGACGGACUUCAGUGGCGAGAACUUUGGCGAGAAGAAAACCAAGCUCCUUGAGGAGCUUGCCAAAGCCUGCAGUGAGGUGGAGAAUUUCAAGGUGGAUGCCAGUGCGGUUCUUUCCAUUAUCGGAUAUGGUGCCGACGGCCAGACGGUCACGGGCGAGCUCACCAAGUUCAAGCUGCUUCGGCUCGCGGCGGGUUUGGGCAUGCUGCGAAGCCGGCAUGCUUGCAAGCGCAUCCUGUCGUAUGCCUUGGAGCUCAAGGUUGCACAGGGCAAGCCUUUGCCCGUUCCUGUGGAAGAUGAGCUCCCCAUGUUGUUUGAUCUAGAGGUCAUGAAUGGUCUCGCAGGUGUUGCCGAGACGGAGGACGACAACAAGCGGCUUCGUGCAGCAUUGAAAGUCCGUUGCGAGACCAUGGACAAGCUGAUGAAGAGUGUGGGCACCAGCCACACCGAGGUGUUGAACAACGUGCAAGCUUCUGACAGGAGAGCUCAAAACGAAAAGGCCAAGGCGGAAAGACUUGCAAAGGCAGAGGAGGAGAAGAAAAAAAGGAAGGCAGCUGUGGACGCUGCGAAAAAAAAGGGGAGCCCAGAUGCUGCCGUCGCUGCCACAACUUCGCAGUUUCCGCUCAUGGACCUUGAGCACGACGGCAUCAAGCCAUGGCUUGAGUUCGCCAGCCCGAAAGCCUUGCAGGACGAGUUCAGUGCCAAGAAGAUUGAUUUGACGGUGCCGUUCGUGCUGCACAAGAGCGAGACCAUCGACGCUGCGGUGGAUGACAGGCCAGUGAAGGCUGCUGUGUCCAUCUUCAAGAUCCAGUAUCCGAGCAGUUCGCAGGCGAAGACCGAAGGUAAAGGGCAAACGCCGUACCAGGGCACCAGCAAGGACAAGCUGAAGGAGGCUUUGUGCGAGCUUGUCCCAGCCCCUUACCACGUCACAUGGGACGCCAAGGAAGGUGAAAACAAUGUGGCGGCCAAGUCGGUUGAUGCGGUUUCGGUUGCAGGCUUCUCGCCGGGCAACGUGUACCAAGGUCUCGAGAAACAGUCCUUGGCCACCAUUCGCCAUGUCAUCGCAGGCCGUCGGCAGGUCAUGAUUUUCAACUACAUGCACUUGUUUGUGUAUGCGAAGGAGAAGAAGAUUGAGGCCGUCCAGGGCAAGAAGCACGAGGACUUCGUGAAGCAGGUCGUCGAGUCUUUGAGUGCCGAUGGUGCGAUGGACAUGUUCUACAAGUUGGGUGGCAUGGUGCAUCGUGCAACCUUCAAGGCGGGUGACACCUACUUCGUCCCGCAGUGCAGCUGGAUGCUGGAGCGCACAGUCGGCGAUGCUGCUUGCUUUGGUAUCCGUACCUCCGUCUUGCUUCGCACCCCAUCAUGUGGCUACGAGAAAUUCCGUGAGGAUUACGAGAAGAUCCAUGGCGAGGACAAUGUCGUGAAGUUUUGGCAGAAGCUCAGCAGCCUUUUGCCCGCUCGAAAGGAGUGA